AGGGGCAGCGGACAGGAGAUGUCGACGGAGCGGGCGAUUUUGACGGCGGUGGCAACGAAGAUGGAGUGCGCUGGGAAGCAGAUGCGGGCAGGGUGCAGCAGCAGGUGAAGCGGGAGCGGAGGCGGCCAAGGUACAUCAGGUGGAGGGGAGCUGCAGCUUUGCCAGACCACAUCGGGGGAGAAAGGGACGAGACACAGCGUCCGCACGGGAUCGAGAAAUUUAAUGCGUGUGUUGGGAUACGAGCUAAAGAUCGUUCUCUACAUGAGAAUCGACUCUUCCUAGUUUUACGAUAACUGCAGUGCCACUUCAUCUUUUUUCCUAAAAUACUGUGGAAGCCUGAUUAUCUCCCAGCAAGUUCUAUCUCAUGACCUUUUCACUUUGCAUUCGAGCAGUUGACUUGACUUGCCAUUGCACAUGAUGACAUGAACAGUAGUACUACUAAUCUUGUUCACGGUCCAACUCACCAACAUCCUAAUUCCUAAUCUUGCUACUGAUGCCGAACUAGUAAUUAUCUCCCAAGAAAAUUCUAUCUCUCAUCAGCUUCUGACUUUGUGCUUUGAGCAGUUGACUUGAAUUGUCAUUAACUACACAUGAACAGUAAUCUUGUUCACUUUCCAACUCACCAACAUCCUAAGCUGGCUACUGAUGCCAUGACGCCGGCACCUCCCAGCUGCUUCCUUCUUCUCCUAGUGCUGCUCACUGCCAGCAGCUUGCCACGCCCACCCGCCGUGGUAGCGGCCCGCGAGAGCCUUGCCCGCGGCGCGUCGAUCGCCGUGGAAGACCACGCCACCAACAUCCUUCGGUCGCCGAACGGCGCCUUCGCCUGCGGCUUCUACGCCGUCUCCCCUACCGUCUUCACCUUCUCCAUCUGGUUCGCGCGUGCCAGGAACCGCACCGUGGUCUGGACCGCCGCCCCCGCGCACCCCGUCCACAGCCAGGGCUCCCGCGUGGCCCUUGACAAGCGCGGCGGCCCGCUCGUCCUCACCGACUUCAACGGCGAGCCUGUGUGGAGUUCAGCCUCCUCAACAACGGCAGCGGCUGCCUCCCGCGCCGUGCUCCGUGACUCCGGCAACCUGGUGGUGGAGGACGCCGCCGGGAGAGCGCUGUGGCAGAGCUUCGACUUCCCGACGGACACGCUGCUCCCGACGCAGCGGCUCACGGCGACCACGCGGCUCGUCUCCUCCGGCUCCGGCUACUACAGCCUCGGCUUCAGCGACUACGCCAUGCUCUCCUUAUUCUACGACAACGGCAACUUCUCCAGCAUCUACUGGCCCAACCCCUACAACAACUACGUCGCCAACAACCGCCGCAUCUACAACUUCACCCGCGUGGCCGCCAUGGAUGCCCGCGGCAGCUUCCUCUCCAGCGACAACGCCAACUUCCUGGCCGCCGACCUCGGCGUCGCCACCGGAGAAUAUGGCCAGGUCAUGAGGAGGCUCACGCUGGACGCCGACGGCAACCUCCGGCUCUACAGCCUGCAGAACGCCACGUGGGCGGUGACGUGGAUGGCGUUCGGCAACCCGUGCACCAUCCACGGCGUGUGCGGGGCCAACGCCGUGUGCCUCUACACGCCGGCGCCGGCGUGCGCGUGCGCGCCCGGCCACGAGCGCGCCGACACCCGCGACUGGAGCCGGGGCUGCCGCCCGGCGUUCCGGCUACAGCCGCACGAGUUGUGCCCGCGGCAGCCGAGGGGGACGAAGCUGGUGGCCCUGCCGCACAGCGACUUCUGGGGCUACGACCUGAACGCCGGCGAGAUCCUCCCGCUGGCGGAGUGCACGCGCUGGUGCAUGGAAAACUGCGCGUGCGUGGGGUUCCAGCACAAGGAGCACGACAUGGAGUGCUACCUCAAGAGCGUCCUCUUCAACGGCCGCACUUUCCCCGGCCUGACCGGCACCGUGUACAUCAAGGUCCCCGCCGACUUCCACGUGCCGGGGUUCCGCAUCCACCAAUGGCAGCCACACGGGGCCGGCCUCGCCAUCGACGAAGACAACAUCAGCACCGGCUGCCGCGCCCCAAACGACCAAGAGCUCGUCGUCCUCGUCAACGUCUCCGACGCGUCGAGCAAGAAGAACGCCGUUGACGCGAAGCCGGUGUGGCCGUACCUUUAUGGUUUCCUCUCGGCUUUGCUCGUGGUGGAAGCCGCUGCGAUCGGGCUGGGCUGGUGGCUCUUCUUCUCCAAGAACGGGCCGCUGACGGCGGCUUCCUCUUCCUCGCCGGUGUAUCCCGUGGACGAAGGCUACAAGCUCAUCCUCCUCACGGCCCACUUCCGGCGGUACAGCUACGCGGCGAUCAAGAAGGCCACGGGGGACUUCGCGGCCGACCGGGUCCUCGGCCGCGGCGGCUCCGGCGUCGUGUACAAGGGCGUCCUCGACGACGGCCGGCCCGUGGCCGUCAAGGCUCUGACGACGGUGAGCGGCCGCCGCUGGAUUAGCGAGGAGGAGUUCCAGGCGGAGCUGGGCGCGAUCGGCCAGAUCUACCACAUGAACCUGGCCAGGGUCGUCGGCUGCUGCUCCCACGGCGCCCGCCGCUUCCUCGUGUCCGAGCUCGUCGAGAACGGCUCGCUCGCCGCGGGGCUCUUCGAGGGCGGCGGCAAUGGCGUUCUGCUCGGGUGGAGGCAGCGGUUCCGGAUCGCGGUGGGCGUGGCGAGGGGGCUGGCCUACCUGCACACGGAGUGCCUCCAGCGGAUCGUCCACUGCGACAUGAAGCCCGAGAACAUCUUGCUGGACCGGGACAUGGAGCCCAAGAUCGCCGACUUCGGGCUCGCCAAGCUCCUGGAUCGGGUUGGCAACAACGGACCCUCAUCCGGCCGGCCCACGAAGGACAUGUCGUCGCGGGGGACCAGGGGGACGAGGGGGUACAUGGCGCCCGAGUGGGUGACGAGCGUGGCGGUGACGGACAAGGUGGACGUGUACAGCUUCGGCGUCGUGCUGCUGGAGCUGGUGAGAGGGGCCAGGCUGCAGGGCGCGGACGAUGAAGGUGGACGGGACACGGACGUCCCGGCCGUGCGCGAGAUGACGCGUUCUGGUGCAGGCGUGGAGAGUCUCGUGGACGGCCGGCUCGCGGGCGAGUUUAGCCGCGCGCAGGUGAGGGCGGUGGUCGGGGUGGCCUUGUCGUGCUUGGAGGAGGAUAGGAGCCGGCGGCCCAGCAUGAGCUCCGUCGUGCAGGCGCUCGUUUCUGUCGAGGACGCAUGAUGAGCACACAAGGUGAUCUGCAUCACUGACAUGCUCUUGUUGGAACAGACGACCUUCCACUAAUUUUGCACUUUUAGUCCAAAAUCACAGUGUGCAAUCUUAGGGAAAUUAACUGCAAAUUAUGUCCAAAUCGCCUGUAUCCCUUGUAGCAAGCAAGGGCUAAGUGAGAAAUUAAAUGAAACAUGGCAAAUGCUAAGUUGAAAAUUUUA